AGUUGGUUAAAAGUUAGUCGAAGAAGUUACAAUGAAGCGCUUUUGGAAAAACUUUUUUCUUGCAUAAUGCCAUCAAGUUCAAGUUCAGCCACCUGUUUGACAGCAGAUAAAACUGCUGUUGCAGAUGAGCAGAAGAAAUCAGAGGUCUUUGAGGUGAAAAAAAGUGACGUAGUGUGCGGUGACACAGGUCGCUACUUAGUAAAGAACUUCAUUGCUAUUGGGAGCUUUGGCAAAGUUGCCAAGUGUGUGAAUCUAAACACAUCACAGGAAGUAGCCCUCAAGAUCCUAAAAGCUGAGGACAGUGCAGCCACCACAAGAGAGAUGAAAAUGCUGGAAGCAGUGAGCAUUCUUGAUUCAGAGAAGAAGAAUGUGGCCCAGUUCUUUGAAAAGUUUGAACACAAUGGUCAAACCUGUCUAGCUUUUGAACUGCUGGACAGGAGUCUUCACGAUCUGCUCAAUGACAGAGACUGCAUGCCACUGUCUCUCACUGAGAUACGGCCAAUAGCACAGCAGUUGCUGACGGCCUUUGUUGCUCUAAAGCGCAUUGGUGUGGUUCACUCAGACCUGAAGCCAGACAACAUAAUGCUGGUAAACCACCCAGCUGAGCCCUUCAGAGUGAAAUUGAUAGAUUUCGGUGUGUCCUUCUACACCUCGGAGAAGCUACGUGGGUGUUCAAUCCAGCCUCUGGGCUACAGGGCGCCUGAAGUCACCCUUGGUCUCCCUGUCUGCGAGGCCAUCGACAUGUGGGGUCUAGGCUGUGUGCUUGUUUUGUUGUACAUCGGCAACCACGCCUUUUCGAUCAAGUGCGAGUACCAGGGUAUGAAAGCCAUUGUUGAGAUCCUGGGCCAGCCCGCUGACCACCUCCUCAGUGCUGGUUACUACACCAAAAAGUACUUCAAGGCAAGUCAGCACUUGGAAAACCCAAAAUGGUCGCUGAAGACUCCAGAGGAGUACCAGCUCGACACUGGCAUGAAGCCUAAAGGAUGGGAGCAGUCUUUUGAUAGCCUGGAUGGCCUGAUCACAUUUGACACAGACAUGCAGGAAUUCAUUGAGCUGGAGGACCAAAUAGGAUUUGUGAGCCUCCUGAAAUGCCUCCUCCAUACGGACGCUAAGGAGAGGAUCACGCCUGAGAAAGCUCUCAAACACCCGUUUAUCACAAUGUCCCAUCUGGAGCAUCGCAUGAACUCCAGCUUGUAUGUGGAAGAUUCCUUUGAUGCAAUGCACGUCUGUCUACUGGAUGACUCAGAAGAGGAACUUCCUUCUGAUGACCAAGCUGAUGAAAGACCUGAAGAUGAUGGACCUUCAGACAGAACUCAAACACAUUGUGAAGUCACCCCUUGCUCCGAUGACGGCGUUACGAACAUGCCUUGCUCAAAUGAUGGAGCAGCAGUUGUAGAAGUUACUGGGGCAGCUGAGGAGGAACCAGCCAUUAACAACAGUGCAGCCAGGCCAGUAGAGCAGGAACUAGCUGUGAGCCACAGUGCAGCCAGUCCAGCUGAUGAGGAACCACCUCUGAGCCCCGGUGGAGCCAUUCCAGCUGAUGAGGAACCACCUCUGAGCCCUGGUGCAGCCAUUCCAGCUGAUGAGGAACCACCUGUGAGCCACGGUGCAGCCAUUCCAGCUGAUGAGGAACCACCUGUGAGCCAAGGUGAAGCCAUUCCAGCUGAUGAGGAACCACCUGUGAGCCCCGGUGGAGCCAUUCCAGCUGAUGAGGAACCACCUGUGAGCCAAGGUGAAGCCAUUCCAGCUGAUGAGGAACCACCUGUGAGCCCUGGUGCAGCCAUUCCAGCUGAUGAGGAACCACCUCUGAGCCCUGGUGCAGCCAUUCCAGCUGAUGAGGAACCACCUGUGAGCCCUGGUGCAGCUAUUCCAGCUGAUGAAGAACCACCUGUGAGCCCUGGUGCAGCCAUUCCAGCUGAUGAGGAACCACCUCUGAGCCCUGGUGCAGCCAUUCCAGCUGAUGAGGAACCACCUGUGAGCCACGGUGCAGCCAUUCCAGCUGAUGAGGAACCACCUGUGAGCCAAGGUGAAGCCAUUCAAGCUGAUGAGGAACCACCUGUGAGCCCCGGUGAAGCCAGUCUAGCUGAGGAGACGAUAUCCACUGACAGGUCACCUGACGAAGCUCCACCUGCGAAAGCGAAAAAGAGCCGGCUGAAGAGGAUCCGAAAAUUCUUUGGCAGGGCAAUAAGUCUCUUUUUAGGAAGAAGACAUGCUAAACUUCAGACAUCAAAUGGAGUUUUUUAUAUGUGA